AUGAGAAGACGACCAGUAGUAUUAGUGGGACUGGUAGAAGAUAUUCCACCUCAGAAUGUUGUGGUUGUUCAUCAAGUUCCAACAAAUCCAAACCAGUAUCCUCCCUAGUUUGUAGCCCCACCCGCUUAAAACCUAUAAUAUUAAGAGUGGGUUAAACAACAGAAUCUAGCAAUGCCCUAACAAUAACAACAACUCCCUCCUUAAUAUCCUCCAUAAAUGAACCAAAACUACUAUCCAUAACAAAUGCAAAUUCAACAUCCAUAGAAUGUACAGGCUUAUCCUGCCAAUCCAGUGUACCCACAACAAGGUAUACCGGUAGUUUAACCUCAAGGAAUUAAUUUAUAAUUUGUAAUGAGACCUGGAUUAUUAAAAAAUUAUGGACCUACUCAAAUAUUCACAGAUGGCAAGUAGCAAAGAGCUUAGUCACUGUAUGCCAUUACGAAUCAUUAUCUAAAAGCAUAAGUUAGUAAGAAUGAUCAGAAAUCUAAAUCGGUGAAUACAUAUGGAAGAGACUUUUAUGAUCAAUUGAGAUUAAAAGGAAAGACAAAUAAAAGUUAAAAUUAAAGUGCUCAUAAACCGAUUUUCAAGUUAAAGGGUGAUAAUAUUAUUGCAAUCAAAUCAAAAGAUCGAGAAUUGUACCCUGCAGAUAUGCAAUGGAACAAUGCUCAAAUAGGUAGGAUAUAGGGUGAGAUUAGUGGGAAGAUUGAUAAGAAUUAUGCUAAAAUAAGAAGAUAUUUGGAGGGGUCAUCAAGUGUGAUUGAUUAUUCGCAAACCAAAAUGUAUGACUAAUUCAAUUCAUAUGCCAACAUAACUCAUUAAGAACGAUUUUCAAAGGAUUGUGACAUCAUGGUCAGAACUAGCAAUAAUGUUUAGCCUGGGAAUGUUCAAUCAAAUAGCGCCAUAGUGAGGACUAAAAUUGAACCAGAUUGGAUUCAAAGAGGAAAAUACUGA